GGAGCGCAGCCUGAACGUGACGGAGGCCGAGGGUCUGCAGCUGGCGGUCAGUAAUCUCCGACCGGAGGCCACGUACUCCUUCAGGGUGGUGGCGUAUAACGAGCAAGGGCCCGGAGAGAGUUCAGAGGCCAUCCGACUGUCCACGCAACCCGAGCUUCUGGUUCCUGGUCCAGUGGAGAACCUGCGGGCAGAAGCUGCGUCUGCGUCGUCCAUCCAGGCGUCCUGGGAUCCUCCGUCUCACACCAGCGGCCCGGUCCAGAGCUACCGGCUGCUGUGGACUGAGACCUCCACCGGAAAAGAGCAGAACGUGGAGGUCGUGGGUCAGAGCUAUAGGAUGGAGGGCCUGAAGAAGUUCACGGAGUAUUCGUUACAAGUGCUGGCGGUCAAUCGACACGGUCCCGGCCUCUCCGACAUAGACACGCUCAUCACCACGCUCUCAGACGUGCCCAGCGCUCCACCGCAGAACAUCUCACUGGAGGUCGUCUACUCACGGAGCAUUAAGGUGAGCUGGCAGCCGCCGCCUGCAAACACGCAGAGUGGAUUCAUCACCGGAUACAAGAUUCGCCAUCGCAAAACGGGCCGACGGGGCGAACAGGAGGCCAUCGAACCCAACAACCUCUGGUACCUGUUCACCGGACUGGAGAAAGGCAGCCAGUACAGCUUCCAGCUGGCAGCCAUGACGGUCAAUGGCACGGGGCCCAGCAGCGAGUGGCACACGGCCGAGACACCGGAGAACGACCUGGACGAAACUCAAGUUCCCAACCAGCCGAGCUCUCUGCACGUGCGUCCGCUGCCCAACAGCAUCAUCAUGAGCUGGACUCCGCCGCUGAACCCCAACAUCCUCGUGCGCGGCUACAUCAUCGGCUACGGAGUGGGCAGCCCAUACGCCGAGACCGUGAGAGUGGACAGCAAGCAGCGCUACUACUCCAUCGAGAACUUAGAGCCCAGCUCUCAUUACGUCAUCUCUCUGAAGGCCUUCAAUAACGCGGGUGAAGGAGUUCCUCUGUACGAGAGCGCCGUCACCAGAUCCAUGUCAGAUACGUCCACGCCCAUGAUUCCUCCUGUAGGUGUGCAGGCCGUGGCGCUCAUGUCCGACUCGGUGCGCGUUAGCUGGGCCGAUAACUCCAUUCCCAAGAACCAGAAGUCCUCGGAGGUGCGUUACUACUCCGUCAAGUGGAAGACCAGCCACUCCACCAGCGGCAAAUACAAGUCGGCUGAUACUACAGCUCUCAGUCACACCGUCACGGGUCUGAAGCCCAACACCAUGUACGAGUUCUCCGUCAUGGUGACUAAAGGACGCAAGUCCAGCACGUGGAGUAUGACGGCACACGCCACCACAUACGAAGCAGCGCCGAGCUCCGCCCCUAAGGACCUGACUGUGAUUGGCCGAGAGGGACGUCCACGAGCCAUUCUGAUUAGCUGGCAGCCGCCGCUGGAGGCCAAUGGACGAAUCACAGGUUAUAUCCUGUACUACACGCUGGACAAGAACAUGCCCAUCGACGACUGGGUGAUGGAGCCCAUCGGCGGAGACCGGCUCACGCACCAGGUCAUGGACCUCAACCUGGACACCGUCUACUUCUUCCGCAUCCAGGCCAAGAACGCCAAAGGAGUGGGUCCGCUGUCGGAGCCUGUGCAGUACAGGACGGCCAAAGUUGAGCAUCCUGACAAGAUGGCCAAUGAUCAAGGGGCGGCUCCUGACGCCCUCACGCGGCGACGGGGGCGACCACGGCCUCUGGGUGCGGGACGAUUAGGAUGGGUCCGAUGGAACUCCUCUAGCAAUGUGGGGUCAAGAACGUUGUCCCGGGCCACCCAGGAUCUUUCCUCUGGUCCAUAUCCUUCCCAAUCUACCAGGUGUAAACUGCACGUGAUACUGGGACGGUCCGAUGGAACUCCUCUAGUAGUAUGGGGUCAAGAACGUCGUCCCGGGCCACCCAGGAUCUUUUCUCUUGUCCAUAUCCUUCCCAAUCUACUAGUAGUCUACAGCAGGGACUUCCGAUGGUUCUUCGGUCCACGGGAAGAGUGGGGGUUGGUAACCAAAUAUGCACUGGAAAGGUGUGAGUCCGGUGGAGUUUUGUCGGAGGGAGUUUUGUGCAUACUCGGCCCAUGGGAGGAAGCAGGCCCAGCUGUGCUGGUCAUCUUGGCAGUAUGCCCGGAUGUAACGCCCGAGUUCCUGGAUCUUGCGCUCAGUCUGGCCGUUAGUCUGGGGAUGAUAACCGGAGGACAAGCUCACUUUACGGUUGCCAGGCCAGUAGGUGAUAUUGAAGUGAAACCUGGUGAAGAACAGCGCCCAGCGGGCUUGACGGGAAUUGAGUCUUUUUGCAUCUCGGAGAUAUUGAAGGUUCUUGUGGUCCGUAACAACAGUGGAGGGAUGAUUGGCUCCCUCCAGCCAGUGCCGCCACUCUUCCAGGGCCAGUUUUAUAGCGAGGAGCUCUCUGUUACCAAUAUCAUAGUUUUGCUCCGCUGGGGUCCUUUUCUUGGAGUAUUAUGCGCAAGGCUGGAGGCGUGGAGGCCCUCCAUACAGUUGAGACAGCAUGGCCCCAACCCCGAUGAAGGACGCAUCCACUUCCACCACAAAUGGGACCAGAGGAUCGGGAUGACGAAGGAUAGGGGCCGUGCUGAAGGAGGUCUUGAGUUGUUCGAAGGCUUCGAAGCUCUGGAGCUCCUUCACCGACUGGGGACGAUUCCACUCCGUGAUUGCCUUUACCUUGCCCAGGUCCAUUUGAAUUCCCUCUUGGCCAAUAACGUACCCAAGGAACUGCACAGUGGGGCCAUGGAACUCGCACUUCUCCAGCUUCAGGUAGAGGUGGUGUUGGCGAAGCUUCCUGAGGACAUGCUUCACGUGACGGCGAUGGUUGGCCAGGUUCCGGGAGUAGAUGAGUAUAUCAUCGAUGUAGACGAUUACAAAGUCAUUGAGGAACUCCCGGAACAUCUCGUUCAUAAACCCCUGGAAGACGGACGGGGCGUUGGAAAGGUCAUACGGCAUAACGAGGAGAGGCAGAGUCCUGCCGCGAGGCGGCGAGCACGUUCAGAGGGAGAGAGCCUUGUGGAGUCCACCUGCAUGGGCUCUGGUACUGGGGAACUGGCUGCGGGUGCUGCAGACUGGUGGGCGGCUGCUGGAGUGUGGCAGGCUGAUAAGCGCUGGGCGACACGAUUGGCUCUUGACAUGAAGAAGCGUGCGACACACAGCGCGGGGAAGCGGAAGGGCAGCCAGAAAGACCUGCGACCUCCUGACCUCUGGAUCCAUCAUGAGGAGAUGGAGCUGAAGAACAUGGAGAAGCCCUCGAGCUCCGCCCCCUCGGGCCGCGAGUCGCCCACCCAUAGCUGCCAAGAGAUGGCGCCGGUCAGCCACAGCCAAUCAGAGAGCCAGAUGGGCAGCAAGAGCAGCCACUCAGGUGCAGAUGGAGAUGAAUCUUCCAGCAGCAUUUCCACGUUAGAGCGAUCGUUAGCCGCCCGCAGGGCCACGCGCACCAAGAUGAUGAUUCCCAUGGACUCUCAGCCCAGCAACACACCGGUGGUCAGUGCCAUCCCGGUGCCCACGCUGGACAGCAGUCAGUAUCCGGGCAUCCUGCCGUCGCCCACCUGCGGAUUCACCACUCACCCCAAAUUCACCCUGCGGCCCAUGCCUUUCUCCACGCUGAGCGUCGACCGCAGUUACGCUGCCGCGAUGUCAGCGGAGGGCGCCGCUCCAAUGGCCCCGCUGCAGCCGCAGCCUUUGAUUCCCACGGCGCAGUCGGAGCCGUCGGGGUCGGAGGAGAUCCCCAGCCGCACCAUCCCGACCGCCUGUGUGCGGCCCACACAUCCCCUGCGCAGCUUCACCAACCCGCUCCUGCCUCCACCCAUGGGCACCAUCGAACCCAAGGUCUACACGCCCAUGACAGGUGGGACGUUACCCAAACCGCAGGUGAAGACGGCGUCUCUGGGUCAGGCCGGGAAGGCCCGCUCUCCGUUACUGCCCGUGUCAGUUCCGACCGCUCCGGAGACUGCUGAAGACGCACAGAAGCAAGCAGACGACCCAGCCAGCGUGUACGAGCAGGAUGAUCUGAGCGAGCAGAUGGCCAGUCUGGAAGGUCUGAUGAAGCAGCUCAACGCCAUUACGGGUUCGGCUUUUUAACGCAGGCGCAGACGAGCGAACGCCUGGAACGAGGAAGUGCAGACUCUCUGGCGUUCACCUUCCUCUGUGAUCUACCUGAAGCCCUCAGACGGGAUUAAAAAGGGAAAAUGACUCUAGAGAGGAAGCGUCUCUUUUCUAACACUGUCUGAGAUUUUAUACUGGUUUCUGUACACGGCUGAGUGAAUCCAUCCCGCUGAACGCAGAUCCAUCCGGGAAGAAGACUCCUGAGCUUCAUCUACUAAUGGAAACCUUUCUCCGAUGGGAUUAUUAGUGAUUCAUCUCAAACCCCGACUGAUCGGAGUUGCCAAAACGCAAACCCUCUGACUUCUCAUAGACAUCUUGCCAAUCUAUUGCUGCCAAAAUCCCUGAAAUACACUUUACUAGGGAACUGUGUAUUCAUAGUAGAAGGAGGUCGGAUGCCGGAUCGGCGUGGAUGAGAAAACCCGAUCAUUUUGCUCACGCAGCACUGAUUUAGUUGCAGAUUUUCAUCUUGUUUGUCGUCGCCUGUCUUUGUGAAUCUCUUUACUACACAAACGUCAUAUCGGUUUAUUAUUUCACAGCAGUGAAGCUGUAAAUCCCUGCGGUGUGCUCUUCGUUUCACAUUGUGUGUUUCAUAUGACCCACUGCCAAAAAUUAUUUUCUUCCUCCGUAUUUCCGUCUUGUUUUCCGGUAGAAAUAUCUAAAUGUUCUUAAAUCAAGAUGCAUUUACUUGAGACGCAAAAUGGCAUGAGAUAACAAGUCUUGUUUUCUGAAAAAG